AUGGAAAACCAAUUAAAACUUAAACUUAAGAAGGAAGAGGAGAGAAGAAGGACUGUGGAAGAAGAAGUCAGGAGAAAAGAAGAAGAGGAAGAAGAAAGAAGGAAAUUUGAAUGGGAACUAAUACAAAGACAAAGAAAGAACAAAAAAAUAAACAGAAGUACUUCUCUUCUUCCAACGAUAUUGGAAGAAGAGAAAGAAGAGGUGAAAGAACAAGAAACAGGAGGAGACGAAAGUAGCGAAGGGGCGCUACUUAAUAAAAUUAUGUUUGGAGUAGAAUCGGGGAAAAAAAGGGAAAGGGAGGAAAGUAGAGUAGAGGGAGAAAUUGAGAAUAAAAAAGAAAAAAAAGAGGGAGAAACAACAACGGGAGAGGAGGAGGAAAUAGAGAAUAAAAUAUUGGAAGUCAAAAACACUCGUGGGAUUCGUAUGGAUUCAUUUAACAAACAAAACAAAAAACGUCGUAGGAGGAAUAUCUCGUCGGAGACAGAGGCAUCUCUGUCUCACGACAGAAAAAGAAAGGUAGUUGAUGAGGAAUGCACGUCGUCUUCUGGCGAAGACGACAAUAAAAUAUUUGAUGAGGAGAAAAAAACGGUCGAGGAUGACCUCGCCCGGGAGCUCUUCGAGCAGGAGCUAAUCCAAAAACAUAAAGAAAUGGUUAACAAAUCCUUCGCAUCUGUCAGACAAUCGACCAUGAUGGAGGAGGAAGUUGAAGAGGAGAAGGAGUCAAGCGACGAGUUUGACUUCAGAAAGACUGACCUAUUCUCGAUCCUACUAGGUAUCGAGAAAAAGGUCACCACACCCUAUUGGUGCCAAAGCACCAAUAAAGAAGAAAAAAAAGCCAAAAAAAAUCCUGGAGGGAGGAAUUCUCCAGGAACGAAGAAACAGCCCCAGAGGCUAUUAAACGAAAGCUCAGCGAGGUCGAACAGAUCCUCGCGAGCCUUAAUAUUGAAAACGAAGAUAUUAAAAGGAGGAUGGGGGAAAUGA